UGCGGCGGGCUGCCUGCAGGCGCGGCUCCGGGCGAGAGCCAGCGAGCGGAGCGAGCGCCUCGUCUCUGCGCUUCCUCCCAGGACCGCGGGGCACCCCCAGUCGGGUCCUCUGGGCCCCGCGCCCUGCUCUGCAUCCUGCUACCCUGUAGCGCAACGGCGCUACUUUCCUGCAGUCCCAGGCGGGACGGGGACGAUCGCGGGACAACUUGGAAAACUUCUCUGGGGCAGCCGGCAGGGACGCUGGGCGCUGGUGGAAGAGGAUGUAGGAGGGCGGUGGCUGGCCCCGGGUGUCUCUGGACCUCCUAGGCACCUCUCGGCCCCGCCAUGGGGCUCCAGCGCCUUCAGCGUCGCCGGGGAGACCACCCCUGCGUCUGACCCAGCCGGGGCGGUGCUCUCUCCCGCCGCACCCGCUUGGCGAGCAGCGCUGCCUCUGGCCAUGUCCGGCCCCACCAUGGACCACCAGGAGCCCUACUCCGUGCAGGCCACAGCUGCCAUCGCGGCUGCCAUCACCUUCCUUAUCCUCUUCACCAUCUUCGGCAACGCGCUGGUCAUCCUGGCAGUGUUGACCAGCCGCUCGCUGCGCGCGCCGCAGAACCUGUUCUUGGUGUCGCUGGCUGCGGCGGACAUCCUCGUGGCCACGCUCAUCAUCCCUUUCUCGCUGGCCAACGAGCUGCUGGGCUACUGGUACUUCCGGCGCACCUGGUGCGAGGUGUACUUGGCGCUCGACGUGCUCUUCUGCACCUCGUCCAUCGUGCACCUGUGCGCCAUCAGCCUGGACCGCUACUGGGCGGUGAGCCGCGCGCUGGAGUACAACUCCAAGCGCACGCCGCGCCGCAUCAAGUGCAUCAUCCUCACAGUGUGGCUCAUCGCAGCCGUCAUCUCGCUGCCGCCCCUCAUCUACAAGGGCGACCAGGGCCCCCAGCCCCACGGGCGCCCCCAGUGCAAGCUGAACCAAGAGGCCUGGUACAUCCUAGCCUCCAGCAUCGGCUCUUUCUUUGCUCCCUGCCUCAUUAUGAUCCUCGUCUACCUUCGCAUCUACCUGAUUGCCAAACGCAGCCACCGCAGAGGUCCCGGGACCAAGGGGGGGCCGGGCGCGGGUGAGUCCAAGCAGUCCUGUCCUGUCCCUAGGGGGACUCCAGCCUCUGCCAAGGUGCCAACCCUGGCCUCUCCUCUGUCUUCUACUGGAGAGGCCAAUGGACACCCCAAACCUGCUGGGGAGAAAGAGGAAGGGGAGGCCCCUGCAGAGCCUGGGAGCAGAGCCUUGCCCCCCAGCUGGACUGCCCUUCCCAGGGCAGAGCAGGGCCAGCAGAGGGACCUCUGUGGGGCUUCUCCAGAGGAGGAAGCUGAAGAAGAGGACGAGGAGGAGGAGUGCGACCCUCAGUCGGCGCCAGCAACUUCCGCCUCGGUUUGCAGUCCACCCUUGCAGAAGCCACAGGGAUCCCGGGUGCUGGCCACUCUGCGUGGCCAGGUGCUCCUGGGCAGGGGUGCGGGCGCUGUGGGUGGGCAGUGGUGGCGUCGACGGGCGCAGCUGAGCCGGGAGAAGCGGUUCACCUUCGUGCUGGCCGUGGUCAUCGGCGUCUUUGUGCUCUGCUGGUUCCCCUUCUUCUUCAGCUACAGCCUGGGCGCCAUCUGCCCGCAGCGCUGCAAGGUGCCCCACGGCCUCUUCCAGUUCUUCUUCUGGAUCGGCUACUGUAACAGCUCCCUGAACCCCGUCAUCUACACCAUCUUCAACCAGGACUUCCGUCGUGCCUUCCGAAGGAUCCUUUGUCGCCAGUGGACCCAGACGGCCUGGUCAUUCGCUUGGGGUGUUUCUGUUUCUUCUGCACCCCGAUCCCCUCCAGUCCCUUCAAAGAGCAGGAAGUGGGCCUUCCACUUUCCCCAGGAGGGCCUGCUGCUGAGGAGGAUGAAGAAUGGAGACUGUUCACCCACGUGGGGCACCAUGGUCCUCCCUGGUACUGGGCCGGGGGUGCUGGGAAGGCACUCUCUGGGCCAUCUCUCCCCCUUGCCUCUGCUUUCGGAUCUGUGGUCCUUUAAAGACCAGAACCGGGCAUUGGCUUCCCCUCCCGACACCCCUCUGGGAGGCAGGUGGGCACGUGGAUGCCUCUGUGGGGAGGUCUGGAGGCCUGGCCUUGGCCUCAUGGGAGAUCCCUGAUCAUUGGCAUUCACCCCUGCAAAGGCAGGGUGACAGUAGCUGGCCACCCACUCGCUGCAGGAGAUGAAAGGCUUGCAGAAGGCUCGGGCUCCAUGGGGAACUCGCUCGAGCACCAUCCAACGUGAUUAUCCGGUGAUAUAAAAACCCCUUUCCUCUGCGUUUACCGCCACCCGAGUUCCUGUAGACUUUUGUUCUGUCCCUGGGGUGCGUGAAUUCUACCCCAAACUGGAAGCAGAGAGCGGCACACAGCACGGCUAUUUGAAGUCACAGGAUCUCUUUGAGAACGUGUUCUUCUGCCCACAGAGGUUUGAGUUAUGAUGCCGGGUGACAGCUUCUCCAUGUGUCACCUGCAACAUUAAGAGGAUUUGCAUGGUUUGGCUCCCACCCCAGGAGGGAACAAGUCUUUUGUCAUCAAACAGGAAAAAUUUCCCUGAAGACAGCUAAAAAUACCCACGCCAUGGAAGCAGUCUGAGCCGAGAGCCCGGGGAGGGAGGCAGAGCCCGCCGCCCAGGUGGGGUGCAGAGGCUGCGAGGCCCGGGGACGACUGGGGGAGCCCCAGCUGCCAUGCUUAGCUGGUCUCUGAGCUCCGCGUGGGUUCCUGGGGAGCGUAACUCGUCGCAUGCCUUAUUGAUGGCGGGGAACCCAGCCACGGCGCAGCCCUGAGCUGAGGGACUCUUCCUGCUGGUCCUCUCCUCCACUCAGACCCCGGAACCCAGACGUCCAUGCCUUACCUGUGCCCCAGGGUGGAGGUGGGGUGAGCUGAGCAGCAUAGGGUGUUGGCACUCGGACGAACCUGCCAGAUCUGGAAGGUGCCCGGGGUGAUCUGGGAUGCAGAGAAUGCUGGGGACCAAAAAGAGCCCAGCUUGGUCCUUGGCCGGUUGCAGCUGUGAGGCCAGGACCUUGCUUGGGGUGUGGCUGGGGGCUGGGCCCAGGGGAGGGACUGACGAGACCAUCUGCUGGACCGUCUUUUGUGCGGCCCCCUUGUGACAUGCAGGCGUUUUUAAAAGUCUGAGCUAUUUUAUCAA